AUGCGCUGGAAGUGCAAGCUGUGCUUCGACUACGACCUGUGCACGCAGUGCUACAUGGGCAACAAGCACGACCUGGCGCACGCCUUCGAGCGCUACGAGACCGCGCACUCGCAGCCGGUUCUCGUGAGCCCUCGGCAGAACCUGACUCGCAUCACCCUGAAAGGAACUUUCCAGGGGGCCAAAGUGGUCCGUGGGCCCGACUGGGAGUGGGGCAACCAGGAUGACGGCACCACCAACGUCUACAGGGUGGGCCACAAGGGAAAAGUGGACCUCAAAUGCACCGUGGAGGCUUCUGGGGGCUUCUACUACAAGGAGCACCUCCCAAAAUUAGACCCUGGGGCACAUUGGGAAGGUGAUCAAGGUCUAUGGGGAUGGAGAUCUGCGAGUGUCAGUGGGGGGACAGUCCUGGACCUUCAACCCUGCCUGCCUGACGGCCUACCAGCGGGAGGAGGAGGCCAACCUGAUGACCACAGAGAGCGCCAAGGAGCCCAAAAGAUUCCCAGGGAGACACCCCCCUGCAUUAUGCCAUCACCCUGGACUACAAAGCCGUGAUUGAGAUCCUCACUGAAGUUCCCAACAUCGAUUUCACUGUCCAGAACUGCCAAGGCUUCAACCUGCUCCACUAUGCUGCCCUGAAAGGCAACAAGCUAGCCAUCAAGAAGAUUCUGGCCAGGGCUCGACAGCUGGUGGAUUCCAAAAAGGAAGAUGGAUUCACUGCCCUGCACCUUGCUGCUCUCAACAACCACAUGGAAGUGGCUGAAAUUCUCAUCAAAGAGGACACCGCCAUGCACAUGGCCCUGGAGCGGCAGCAGCUCCUGGCCCUGGCCCUGGAGAAGAGGGACGGGGAGAUGGGAGCCGCCCUGCUGGCCAAGCUGCAGGCUUCUGGCUUCCUGGGGAACGUGGAGCUGAACGUUGGGACAGCCAUUGCCUGCUACCUAGCCCAGGAAGGAGCAGACAUUAAUUAUGCAAAUCAUCGGGGAAAAUCUCCCUUGGACCUCACCACAGAUGGGAGGAUUGUCCAGAUCAUCAAAGACUUCUCACAGAAAUUCAGAGUGCUCCAGGAGGAUGAAGAAGUGCAUCAAAUGUCAAGUGACAAUAACCAAAAAGCUGAAACAAGACAGCACGGAGGUGGAGUGCAGCCCCAGCUCGGAGGGCACGGAGCAGAGGAAGCUGAUGGAGGAGCUGCAGAGCCGCUACCGGCAGAUGGAGGAGAGGAUCACCUGCCCCAUCUGCAUCGACGACCAGAUCAAGCUGGUGUUCCAGUGCGGGCACGGCUCCUGCCCGGACUGCAGCACGGCGCUGACCGUGUGCCCCAUCUGCCGCCAGGCCAUCCGCGAGAGGAUCCACAUCUUCGUCUGAGGGAGGAUC